AUGGAUCUCCGUAACUGCUCUCCACACUGCUCGCCCAUUACGUACCGGGCGUACGCCCUGUACUCCCAGAGCUUCGCCCACACCUACCUCAGCUGGACGGUGUACCUGCCGGACAGACUGUGGGAGUCACUACAAAAAUUGCACUAUGAUUUGCAAAAACAUCGUGGCAGCGGCAAGUGUUCAUCCCUCCACCUGUGUUCCACUGCGCUGCCCCUCCUCUACCUACACGGGUUCACGCCGCCGGAGGUGGGAUCUCAGCCGACACUCACAUGUCAACAGGUCAUCGGCAGGCUGCAGGAGAUUGUCAACGGUGGGCCUAUCUCAUCACUCAUGACCGCCAUGGACAACCUCCUCUACGGUAUCCGGGAGCCAUUCAUCCUCAUUCUCGUGGCACUCUGGUCUCUCGCAUUUUUCCAGUUUAUGAACCCGAUGCUAUACCGCCUGGACGUGCUCUACAUCCGAUCACACCUUAUAUGCUCCAGGGCCUCCCACCUCAUCGAUGUCAAGGCGUUACUCACGGACGGCAGGAAGAUGCUUUCACUUUACAAAGAUGUGGACUACUUUGACUACACGGUUGAUUAA